AUGCCGUUAAGGCGCCUUGAUCAGGGUCGUGACAUUGUUGGUGGUUCAGACUGGCAUUAUGGUUUCAACUACGCAAAUUGGUCUUUGAAAAAUAGCUCAAUCUACGUCCAGGAUACUCUAGUUUUCAAGUAUGAUCCACCAAACGAAACCACACGUCCUCAUAGUGUCUACUUGCUACCAAACCUUUGGAGCUUCAUAAGCUGCGAUUUUAGCCAGGCCAGGAUGGUGGGAAGUCCAACAGAAGGAGGCGGAGACGGCUUUGAGUUUGUGCUCAAGAUCUGGCAACCCUACUUCUUCGCUUGUGACGAGCACAAUGGUGCUCAUUGUAAGGAUGGCAUGAUGAGGUUCUUUGUCUUCCCCAAAAUUCGCGGUUGGCAUUAGAGUUUGAGAUCAAGCACUCUCAGAAAGUAUGGGAUUCUCUUGUCGAUCUGGGGCGCAAUGAUGCUUGGUCCCUUUUUUUCAUAUUUGACGUUCUAAACUAUUAAUAUGUUACCUUUGAGUUAGCAAAUAACAAGACUUGGCAUAAGGACUUGACCAGUGAUCACACUCGACACUUGUGUUACAUUAAAUAAUAUAUCAAAGUGAGCGAUUUG